AUGAAGAAGGAUAAUGAUGGAUUAGGUGGACCUCCUAACCCUCUCCAGCCGCAACCACAAGGUCUCAUAGUAGAGACAGGCAACGGUGCCAGCGUUCUUCAAUUACCGGCGACUACACUAGAGCAGAUCCGCCACAUCGCGGCGGACCCUGGCGCCUCCACGCUGCGCCUGCCGCCGCCGGCCACGGAGCCACCGGCCGGCUCUCGCGAACUUGACUUCGAUUUGUGCUAUGUUUGCAAGCACUGCAAAGUAGCAUUCCCAUCGCCUGCGCCACUACAAGCACAUCAGGCCCGCUCGUGCUACGCGGGCAGGGAAUCGGCGCGUGGUGUCAUACGCGUCGUCCAGCCGGCGCUGGAGUGCCGCGCGUGUCCCGGUGAACGGUUCCGCACCGCCCUGGAAUUCCGCCGCCACGCAGAUACCGAGGCCCACCUGCGGAACGCGGCACCUCCACCUCCGGCCCCCGCACCACCGGAGCCGCUCACCCACGAGAUGGAGGACGUCGUAAACCAGAUCACCCUACUGGCCGCCCGUGCCGCACAAGAGUCCGCAUCACCCAAAGACCCCAACGCCAACUUCUGCGUUCCGGGGCCUCGCUUCCCGCCCCCCGGAGAGCUACCCCUGGCCAGCGCCGGGCACUAAUCCUAAACUGACGAAAUGUAUAGUUACUACUAUUAGAGCCCCUCGCUCUCUCCGUUGUCCGACAACGCAGCAGUUCACUAUUAGCUCUUAAUGCUUCUUUUCGUUGAUGAAUGUCGUCGCGGAAGCGGCACUUUCCUAGUUAUACAUUUAAAGCUUGUAGUCAUUUAAGUCUAGGUUAAUUGGGAGCCGACCGUUGUUGUCCUUUUUUGUAAUGUGAGCUCCGCCGGUCGGGCGUCGAGCGGUGUUCCUCCCGGCGGCUCCCGCGCCGCGCGCCGCGCACUGGGAGGCGGCGGCGGCGCGCGCCGGCGCGGCCGCGUCGCACCCGCACUUCAUAUCAUACGUUAGACAGGUUUUAUUAUAUACGUUUAUCGUUGCGGAAGUCGAAUGCGGCCGCCCCGGCGCCGAAAAAUUCUUACCAUCAACUCCCAGGAAAGCAAGUUCCUAUCUUUAUGGCAUAUAAUAUUAUCGAUAUUGAUAAUUACGAUUUAAUUAUUGUUUAAAGCUAUGUAAUACAUACAUAUAAUCGUUCUAAUU